GGUUGACUGCCCUCUCCCUUCGACCUACAAACCCCGUUUGCGCGUUGAGAUUGUGUCCUACGAGAAACUCGCUCUGUUUCUCCUCAUACAUCACCUUCAGCCUCGAAGCACGACGCUCGUGGACAAAUAACCAACCAUGCCUCCCAAACCCAGCACCCGCCUCACCCCCGUCCGUCUCCAGACCAUCAACCACCUGCGCGUCCGAAGACCGAACCAGAGGGAGCCCAACGGAUGUGUGGCGGUUAUGUCGGCGAUGCUGAGUUGUUGGGCUUCGGCCGGUGGUUCUGUUGAAGGCUGCGCGGCGCUGGAACAGCAAUUGAGACAGUGCAUGGAUGCUCCUAAACCCAAGCGCCAGGGACGCAGCACCAUCAACUACCACCUCAUGAGAAUGUUCCCCAAUGUGCGUGGACCGCAGAAGAAGGAUGGUGUUUUGGGUUAGGAAACGUGCAUAGGGCUGGACUGGACUGCAUAUGGGCGAGGGAUGCGGCUGCGGUUGCGGCUGCUACAGUGCGGGAUGAACAUACUGUAUUCUAUUGUGGUAAACUGGAGUUUUCUUGUUUUAUGGGUUCAAAGACAAAUUUAGCUGUUCAUGCCGUUGAUGAGUAUGUGCUGAGUUGAGGGCAAAGCUUAGAAGGCGAUUGUGUAGGCUUCUACGUGUGGAUAAUUGUGGUGGGCUAGACUCAAAGGCUUGUGCGUAUUAAAGACAUGGCGCUGGAU